AUGCUGCGUCGCGCAGUUUUGCACAGUUUGAGGGCAAAUACAAUCCCAAAUUUGAGAUGUUUUGCCUCCUCUACGUCGACUCACGGGGCGGACGUCUCCGAGAUACAAGACGUUAAGGAGUUGGAGAAACUCAUAGGAGUUGAAUCUGAGAGGAAAGCAAUAAUCAUAGAUUUCUAUGCGAACUGGUGUAACCCCUGUAAAAUAUUAACGCCGCGUUUAGUGAAAGCUCUGGAAGGAAAAUCUCGAAGUAUUAAGAUGGUGAAAGUUGAUGUAGAUUUGUUUCCGAAUAUCGCGGAAGCUUUAAAAGUCAGUUCGCUCCCGACAGUGAUGCUUUUUCAUAAGAGCACGCUCGUCGAACAGUUCGCAGGCGUGAUAAACGAAGACGAGUGCGAAAAGUUUAUCCAGCGAGCGGCUGAAAGAGUGCUUGCAGACACACAAGACGAAAAUCACGAGGAUAGUAAGUUUCUGGAAGACGAGGAAGCUCAGAGCACCUCGGAGGUGGUUGAUCUCGCAUCCAUCCAUUCAAAGGUUGAAGUCGCCUUACAAGGCUUGGCAGAAGGAAGUUCCGCGAGUUCUGCGACGCAAAGAGCUGCUCUCAUCGCUUUCACAAAUUCCGAAGCUUCUAUGCGGUCGGCUCCUGCAUUUCUACAGGCUGAAAUAUACAGUGCUUUGGCGAUGAUUGAGCUGAACGAAAACAAAGCUUCCCUUGAAAGUGUUGAAUCAUUGGUGAACGCUGCGGAGCAAAUAUCAGCAGAAGCAAAGAAGGAAGGAAGUGGAGCACCUCAAGUAUCAUUCCCUGCCAUCGCAGCUCGCGCUCGCCUGAAACUUAGAAUUCGUGCGAAUGAACAUAAUAUAACAUUUGAAGACCAUGCGAAAUGCAUAUUUGAAUACGAAGAAGGCAAAGCGAAGUCUUUCGAGCUGAGUUUAAGAGCGGUAUUAGCUUCUGUAGUAGUAUCAGAUUGGGAGAGAGCAUGCAACUUUUCGCUCGAUUUACUCAAAUCAAAAAGCGACAUCCAGGGGAAAGAGGAUUUGAAAACACUCGGUCGAGAAAUAUGCGUUGAGGUCAUCGAUUCCAUAAAUUUUGGUGCGACUUCCGCCUUAGCAGAAAGAACGCGAAGGCGUCUCGCUUCUAUUCUUUUUGCUUGA